GCGCUAAUAACGCGCCGGAUAAAAUUAUUUUGCCGGUGUUUGUUCAGGGUCAGAUGUCUCUUGAUAUUGCUCUCGGGCAGUCAAUAAUAAUCGGGCAGCAGUCGUUCGCAAGGACCAGUCGCGGAAUUGCCGUUUUGCUAGGGAAAGUGUAACAGAGGUCGGGAUCAGGGUUAAGGUCAAGGUCAAGGCCAUUGUCAGGGUGAGCUGGCGAGAUGAAGACGAAGAACAGGUCGUUAUUCAGCAGGAUAUGCAAGUGUUACAGCAAAACGGAAAUCUCGAAUGUACGGAGAUACGAGAACGAGAUACGAAGGGAUUCGGAAACGUUCCUUCAGGAUUCGGAAAUGUCCCCUUGGGAUUCGGAAACGUCCCUUCGGAAUCCGGAAGGGAGCUUAAAUCCGACGGAUGAGAUACGAGAUGCCUGCAAGGACCUCGUCCUGUCCGACGACCAGCUGCGGCUGGUCAUGCAGAAGCUCACCGAGGAGAUCAACAAGGGCCUGUCGAGGGAGACCCACGACGACGCGAUCGUCAAGUGUUUCACUACCUACGUGCAAGAUCUGCCGAAUGGCACCGAGAAGGGCAACUUCCUGGCGCUGGAUUUGGGCGGUACAAAUUUUAGAGUGUUGCUAAUCACGUUAGAUGGCCAGAGUUUCGAUAUGAAAAGCAAGAUCUACGCUAUACCACAAAGUUUAAUGCUCGGCACCGGUACCCAGCUGUUCGAUCAUAUCGCCCAGUGUCUGGCGUUGUUCGUGAAGGACCUGAAACUGCAGAACGAGGUGCUACCGUUAGGCUUCACCUUCAGCUUCCCUCUGACCCAGUACGGAUUAACGGAGGGCCACCUGGUGAGGUGGACCAAGGGCUUCGAUUGUAGCGGCGUGAUUGGCCAGGAUGUCGUUGCCCUUCUCGAAGAUGCAAUUAGCAGAAGAAAAGACGUUAAAAUUGACGUAUGCGCCAUCUUGAAUGACACCACUGGCACUUUAAUGUCGUGCGCUUGGAAAAAUCGAAACUGUCGAAUCGGCUUAAUCGUUGGUACCGGAAGCAACGCCUGCUACGUCGAGAAGACGAAGAACGUGCAGUGUGCGAUUCCGGGCAACUAUGCCGCGCACAAGCCUGAGAUGCUCAUCAACACGGAGUGGGGCGCGUUUGGCGAGCAGGACACGUUAGACUUCGUGGUCACAGAGUUCGAUCGUGCUAUAGACGAAAACUCUAUCAAUCCAAACAGGCAGUUGUUCGAGAAAAUGAUCUCGGGGAUGUACAUGGGUGAACUGACGAGGUUGGUUCUCGAGAAGCUGGUGAACGCCGGUCUCCUCUUCGGCGGCAAAUGCCCGCCCGAUCUCAGAAGGCGCGGCAAGUUCUUCACGAAAUACGUCUCCGAGAUCGAAAACGAUCCGAAGGGGAGGUACACGAACUGCCGGGAGGUACUGGCCGAGCUGGGGAUGCGGAAUGUGAGCGAUCAGGAUUGCGAGAAUGUGAGAUACGUGUGCUCGGUGGUGUCGAGGAGAGCGGCGCACCUGUCGAGCGCGGGGAUAGCGGCGUUGCUGAACAAAAUGGGAGAGAACAACGUCACGGUGGGCAUCGACGGAUCGGUGUACCGGUUCCACCCGCACUUCCACGAUCUCAUGAUGGAGAAGAUCGGCGAGCUUCAGAACUACAAGUUCAACCUGAUGCUCUCGGAGGACGGCAGCGGCCGCGGCGCCGCGCUGGUCGCCGCAGUUGCGUCGCAGAGGCGGUGAAGACGCGGUUGUCGGUAGCGAGCUAGCUGCAAUUCAAUUAUGUGUACUAUAAAAAUCGAACGGCGGUACGAGAGAAUCGAACUUGAGUGAAUGGCGUACGAGUGAGUGAGAACGAGCGAGUGUGGGAGGAGAAAUUGGAGAUCUCUCCUAUGUUCGUUUCGGCUGCACUUUUUAGCCCCCCCCCCCCUCCCCGUCUUCUUCCUUCUUUUAAGACAGUUUUAGAUCUUUUAAGGCUCCUUCGAAGCCUGUUAAAAAGAGAGCCCAUAAACGUAUUCAAGUGUCGAAUACUAGAUUACGGAGGUUUUUCUAUUUAAAAAAAGAAAAAAAAAUUUUAAGUAACGCGUAUUGGCGUGUUGCUUCCUUGUUUCUCGAGAAUGUGCAGUUUGAAGGAAAUAAACGAAAGCCCCAAAAAUAAAAACAAAAUUGCGAGAUGAAUACUUCUUGUACAUAGAGCACAAAAAAAAAUAGUAAUAGCGGUACAGAGGACGGCGACUACUUAGUUAAUGUUCUUGCGAGAAACCGGAAAAUCGAGAGUGUAGAGGCGUCCUUCCUAUGGCGAUUCAGCACGACGAUCGCUAAUUAGCGUGAUUCGUUAAUGAUUCGCGUAUCGGUUCGUUAGCGUGAAAGGUUAAUUAUCCCGCGAUCGCGCGAGGAAAACUUAGCGAGAGAGUGUUAGAUGUAUUUGAGCACAAGUGAGAGAAAUUGCUGGAUAUAUUAAACCGGCAAGAAGAAAUGUCGACUGGUCGUGUUGUCAAUUGUUGAUUGUUAAUAAAAGUAUUGAUGAGUGUAAACGAAUUAAAUCGAUAAUAAAUAGAUCAUAGCGAAUGCCGGAGACGGCAAGAAAUUGAAGGAUUCGAGAAUAAACAAAAUUUUUCCAUCAAAA